GUUGUGCAACGUAUGGCGUCGUUUCCAUCAAGUUCCAAUCUUUACAGUCACUGAGUGGUAGCACACGCUCCCUCUGUACUUCCACCAUUCCCACCUUUCUAAAGCUCUCCCACUUCCCCAUAAUCCCAUACCCAAACUCUGUUUCUUUUUCUUUUUUGUUUCUCUAUGGAAAUAACGGCUAAUGCAAUCAUCUUCUUCUUCCUUACCCUCUUCACCUUCAACCUCGUCAUCCCAUUUUGUUCCGCUCAGCAUCACAGCACCGUCACUUUAUCAGAGAUCCAAGCCCUGACGUCAUUCAAACGGAGCGUUUUCAGUGACCCUUUCGGCGUUCUCGAUGGUUGGGAUGAGUCCACGCCGUCGGCUCCCUGUGACUGGCGAGGUGUUGUUUGUUACAACCGCCGUGUCUUCGAGCUACGCUUACCUCGACUUCAACUCGGUGGUCGACUUACUGAUCGGUUAUGCGAGUUACGUGAGCUAAGGAAACUCAGUCUUCAUUCUAACAACUUUAACGGCUCUAUCCCCGACGCGCUCUCUCAGUGCACUCUUUUACGCGCCGUUUACUUCCAGUACAACUCGUUCACCGGUAACCUCCCCGCUUCUGUUUUUAACCUCACGAAUUUACAAAUCCUUAAUGUGGCUCAUAAUUAUCUCUCCGGUAAGAUCGCCGCCGUUAUUCAACCGUCUCUCCGCUACGUCGAUUUAUCUUCAAACGAUUUCUCCGGUGAAAUGCCGUCGAAUUUCUCGGCUGAUUCUCAACUACGACUCAUCAACUUCUCAUACAACCGCUUUUCCGGUGAAGUUCCGGCGAGUAUUGGUAACUUCCAACAUUUACAAUACCUCUGGCUCGACUCGAAUCAGUUGUACGGAACUUUACCGUCGGCUAUAGCGAACUGUUAUUCGUUGAUACAUUUAAGCGUUGAAGACAAUAUGCUUAAAGGGCUACUUCCGGGAAGCAUCGUCGCCGUUCCGAAUCUUCAAGUGCUUGCUCUAUCUCGUAACGGACUUUCCGGUCCGGUACCGGAAACCGUUUUCUGUAAACCGUCGGGGAAUAAAACGGUGUCGUUGAAGAUCGUGGAGCUUGGAUUCAAUGAGUUCACUGGAGUCAUUAAGCCACGAAAUAAUGGAAGUUGCUUUGCGGCGCCGGCUAUGGAGGUUUUGGACCUUCACGAGAAUCACAUCCAUGGCGGUUUUCCAUCUUGGUUGACCAGUUUGACCACGUUAAAAAUAUUAGAUAUUUCUGGAAACUUCUUCACCGGUUCAUUACCGGUCGAAAUUGGCAACCUUUUAAACUUACAAGAGCUUAGAGUAGCCAACAACUCGCUAAGCGGUUCAGUUCCGAGUCAACUCCUACAAUGCCGUUCGUUAAAGGUCGUUGAUUUUGAAGGAAACCGGUUCUCCGGCAACUUACCGGUCUUUUUAACCCAAAUAAAGACGUUAAAAAGCCUAUCUUUGGCCGGAAAUUUGUUCUCAGGUUCAAUUCCUGUCGGGUUUGGUAACAUUUCAGGACUCGGAACGUUGAACUUGAGUGGAAAUAACUUGACCGGAACUGUACCGGAAGAUAUACUCCGGUUGGGUAAUUUAUCCAUUUUAAACCUUAGUCACAACAAAUUUUCUGGCCAAAUUCCGAAUGGGGUUUCCGAUUUAUCAAGCUUGGUGGUUUUAAACUUAAGUGCUUGUGGAUUUUCCGGGAAAAUUCCUGGGAAUAUUGGGUCUUUAAUGAAAUUAACAUCCCUUGAUUUAAGUAAGCAGCAACUUUCCGGUGAAUUACCUAUUGAGCUUUUCGGGUUACCAAAUUUGCAGAUCGUUGCUUUAAACGAAAACAAAUUAUCCGGUGAUAUCCCCGAAGGUUUUAGCAGCUUGGUUGGUUUGCAAUACUUGAAUCUCAGCUGUAAUGUGUUCACAGGUCAAAUUCCAGAAACUUUUGGAUUUCUUCAUUCAUUAAUGGUGCUUUCACUGUCGUAUAAUCGAAUUUCCGGUUUGGUCCCGUCGGAGCUUGGUAAUUGUUCUCAGCUUCAAGUGAUUCAGCUUCGUUCGAAUCGAUUGAUCGGCAAUGUAACGGCGGAUUUCUCUCGGUUGUCUCGUUUAAAAGAGCUUGAUUUGGGUUCUAACAAGUUAAAUGGUGAAAUCCCAGAAGAAAUAUCCAAUUGUUCUUUGAUGAUUACUUUACUUUUAGAUGGAAAUCGUCUUACAGGUAACAUACCAGAUUCAUUUUCAAACAUGUCUAAUUUGAAGUACUUGAAUUUAUCUAGAAAUAAUCUUGAAGGUGAGAUUCCAAGUGGAUUAGGUUCUUUAUUCAAUGAUAGUUCUAUAUUUUCAAUGAAUGAAAAUUUAUGUGGUAAGCCAUUGAAUAAUGGCUGUAAAAAUGUGAGAAAAAAGAAACAGAGGAAGCUGAUUUUGUUGAUUGCUAUGGUCGUUGGUGGUAUUGGGCUAUUUGUCAUGUUUUGUUGCGGUUACAUUUACAGUCUUCUACGGUGGUGGAAGAGGUGGAUGACCGGAGAGAAGAAGCGGAGUACGGGUAGUGCUAGUUCGGGAGCAGAUCGAAGUCGUGGAAGUGGUGAAAAUGGUGGUCCGAAACUAGUUAUGUUCAAUAACAAGAUAACAUUAGCGGAAACGUUAGAAGCGACGAGGCAAUUCGAUGAGGAAAAUGUGUUGAGUAGGGGACGAUACGGACUUGUUUUCAAGGCUACGUUUCAAGACGGGAUGGUGUUAUCGAUCCGUCGUCUUGUUGAUGGAACGAUCGAUGAAGCUAAUUUUAAAAAGGAAGCUGAAAUGUUAGGUAAGGUAAAGCAUCGGAACAUAACGGUUCUCCGAGGAUACUAUGCCGGACCGCCUGAUUUACGACUCCUUGUUUAUGACUACAUGCCUAAUGGAAACUUAGCUACACUCCUCCAAGAAGCAUCUCACCAAGAUGGACAUAUGUUGAAUUGGCCAAUGCUUCAUCUUAUUGCCCUCGGCAUCGCUCGUGGCCUAUCGUUUUUGCACUCGUUGUCGAUACUUCACGGUGACAUUAAGCCGCAAAACGUCCUCUUUGACGCCGAUUUCGAAGCUCAUUUAUCCGAGUUUGGACUCGAGAAACUCAUAAUGGCAACCCCAACGGAAGCUUCAACAUCAUCAACCGCGGUUGGUUCUUUAGGCUACGUAGCACCGGAAGCAGCUCUAACGGGACGACCAUCUAAAGAAGCCGAUGUUUAUAGCUUUGGGAUCGUAUUGCUCGAAAUACUCACGGGAAGAAAACCAGUGAUGUUUAGCCAAGAUGAAGAAGAUAUUGUGAAAUGGGUGAAAAAACAAUUGGAAAAAGGACAAAUCUCAGAGUUGCUGGAGCCAGGGUUGCUGGAGUUGGACCCUGAAUCAAGUGAGUGGGAAGAGUUCUUGUUAGGCGUUAAAGUUGGACUCCUUUGUACUGCACCUGAACCACUUGAUAGACCAGCCAUGGCUGAUAUUGUUUUUAUGUUGGAAGGGUGUAGGGUUGGAGCAGAAGUUCCAUCUUCAGCUGAUCCGACCUCUCUACACUCACCAGCUUGAAAUUUUUAUUUUUAGCUUUUUAACAAUAGAAUGACUUGGCUAAAAAAAGUCAUUCUUCAUCAUUGUGUUGUAUUAAAUUGGAGAAUUUCUGGUUAGAUUAGUUGAAUUUCCCUUUUUUUUCAA